AUGCGCGGACCUCGAAAGCUCGCGGUGCCCACCACCCGCAGCGCUCUCCGGAAAACCGCCUGGGACAAAGCACAGCCCACUGUACGCGUCUGGGAGCAGGAACCGCAGCAAAACGUCCUGAAGUCGGAAGGCGGAAGACAACCCUGGACGGGUUUCAAGGGCCGCCGAGCAGGCGCAGCCCCGGCCUGGCUGCCGGGCGACGGGCCCCGAAUGAAUGAAACCCGGGCGCGGGACGCGGGGCGAGCGCGCAGAUCGCCGCCAGGGGGCGCCAGCCCCGCGGCCCCGCGACGUCACCCCGCGGGGGCUCCGGGGGACUAUAAAGCGCGCCGCGGCGCGGGAUGCUCAGUCCUCCGGCCCGCGCUCCGGGGUCGACCUCCCCUCUCCCCGCCGGACCGUCCGAUUCUUCCCGGGGCGAGCGCGGCUCUCGCUCCGCCCCCGGCGGACCCGAGCGCGGCGCUCGCGGCCGGGGCCGGGUGGCUGCGGCUGCUGUCCCCGGCCGGCGACCUGGCCGCCGCCGCCUCCCCGGCGCCGGGCCCGGCCGCCGCCAACCUCACCAACCAGUUCGCGCAGCCGUCCUGGCGCAGCGCGCUCUGGGCGCUGGCGUACGGCGCGGUGGUGGCCGUGGCGGUUCUCGGCAACCUCGUGGUCAUCUGGAUCGUGCUGGCGCACAAGCGCAUGAGGACCGUCACCAACUGCUUCCUCGUGAACCUGGCUUUCUCCGACGCCUCCACGGCCGCCUUCAACACGCUCGUCAACUUCCUCUACGCGCUGCACGGCGAGUGGUACUUCGGCGCCGGCUACUGCCGCUUCCAGAACUUCUUCCCCAUCACCGCCGUGUUCGCCGGCAUCUACUCCAUGACGGCCAUCGCGGUGGACAGGUAUAUGGCCAUUAUUGAUCCUUUGAAACCCAGACUGUCUGCCACGGCCACCAAGAUUGUCAUUGGAGGUAUUUGGAUCCUGGCAUUUCUACUUGCCUUCCCUCAGUGUCUUUACUCCAAAACCAAAGUCAUGCCAGGCCGUACUCUUUGCUAUGUGCAAUGGCCAGAAGGCCCCAAACAACAUUUUACGUACCAUGUCGUGGUCAUCGUACUGGUGUACUGCUUCCCGUUGCUCAUCAUGGGCAUCACAUACACCAUUGUUGGAGUCACUCUCUGGGGAGGAGAAAUCCCGGGAGACACCUGUGACAAGUAUCACGAGCAGCUCAAAGCCAAGAGAAAGGUUGUAAAAAUGAUGAUUGUUGUUGUGAUGACAUUUGCCAUCUGCUGGCUGCCCUAUCACACUUACUUCAUUCUCACCGCGAUCUACCAACAGCUCAACAGGUGGAAAUACAUCCAGCAGGUCUACCUGGCCAGCUUUUGGCUGGCCAUGAGCUCAACCAUGUACAACCCCAUCAUCUACUGCUGUCUGAAUAAGAGAUUUCGAGCUGGCUUCAAGAGAGCAUUUCGCUGGUGCCCUUUCAUCAAAGUCUCCGGCUACGACGAACUGGAGCUCAAAACCACCAGAUUUCACCCAGCUCGGCACAGCAGCCUGUACACGGUGACCAGGAUGGAGUCCCUGACAGCCGUGCCGGGCCCUGGUGAUGCCGACGACACCACGUCCGGGCGGAAGGCAAGAGCGAGGCCAGGAGGCCCAGGCCUCAGCGGCUGCUCCCGCAGGAAUUCCAAACCUGCCUCCACCACGUCAAGCUUCAUGAGCUCACCCUAUACCUCUGUGGAUGAAUAUCCUUAAAUCCACCUCCCGAGGUGAACAAUCAGUGUGAGGCCACCGCUAUGCCAGCCUAGGCCCCGUCCCCGUCUCAGUCCCGUCCUACACACUCUCUGGAAACAGAAGGCAGUUUUUAGGCAGCUGUGCUUAAAUUGAGAAAGGUAGCAUAUAAAUGUGACAAAGACACUAAUACGCCAUAAACCCUCCCAAAAUAAAAUGGGCUUUAAAUUU